AUGCGCGGCCAGCGGGCACCCGGGGCUCGGCUGCUUGGAAACGCGGGCUUGGGGACAAGGGGCUGUUGGGAGUUGGGUUGGUGGGUUGGUUUGGACUGGAGUGUGCUGGAUAAGUACUGCCAAUACCUGUGCUGGAAAUAUCUGGCUUGCUAA